UUUCAAGUUGAUGGUCAGUUUGGUCAGUGGUCUGACUGGAUAGCAAGUACACCGUGUGGCCAAGGCAUAAAGAGGAGAACACGUAAAUGUGACAGUCCAGCUCCCAUUAACGGCGGGAAGAGAUGUAAGGGAAACAAAUUCCAAUUUAAAGGAAUUUACAAUCUAUCAUGUCCAGGUAAUAAUUUUUUAUAUGUGAUCUAA